CCAGUUCAGAUAAACAAUAAAUGUACAUUGCUUCCGCCCAUAACCAAUUGAGUCAUCAGUGAGCCGCCAGCAUUCUCAUCUCCAGUCAACCUUUCUUCCUUUACAAUGUCAUUCUCCUCCACGUCGUUAUUUCGUUCGCUUCCCUCCCAUCUCGCAACUUCCAUCCUUCUCAACUCCAAUUCACCUAAGCUUCAAUCUCCCAUCUUAAUGUCACUCCCUCAAAACCGUUCUUCAUUCCACCGCCAGCUCAACCGUAGCAUCACCAAAGCUCCACCCAACAGCUCCGCCUUCAUCCGCCCUAAUCUCACAGUUCGCGCUUCAAGUAAAACACCAAGCGCCACCGCCGACGCUAAGCUAAUUGCAAUAUCCUCGGCCGUGACUAUUACAUUCGCUGUUGCUAAUCGCGUUCUCUAUAAGCUCGCACUCGUUCCCAUGAAGGAAUACCCUUUCUUUUUAGCUCAAUUUACCACUUUUGGGUACGUGGUGAUUUAUUUUUCGAUUCUGUUUAUUCGUUAUCGGGCGGGGAUUGUCACUAAUGAAAUGUUAGGUUUGCCUAAAUCGCGAUUCGCAGCCAUCGGUAUGCUAGAAGCUCUUGGAGUAGCUAGUGGAAUGGCUUCAGCAGCGAUGCUUCCAGGACCAGCCAUUCCAAUAUUGAAUCAGACCUUUUUAGUGUGGCAGCUUGUAUUUUCAGCUGUUCUGUUGGGGAGGCGUUAUUCAUUUAACCAAAUUGGCGGCUGUUUGCUUGUAGCGGUAGGAGUCAUAAUAGCUGUUACAAGUGGUUCUGACACUGGUCAGAUGCUAUCUGGAAUUAAGUUUAUGUGGCCAGGACUGAUGAUAAUAUCAGCAGCUUUUCAAGCCGGUGCAUCUAUUAUUAAGGAAUUUAUUUUUCUUGAUGCUGCAAAGCGACUCAAUGCGAAGUCACUUGAUAUAUUUGUUGUCAAUUCUUUUGGAUCUGGAUUUCAGGCUCUCUUUGUGCUUCUUUUGUUGCCAUUGUUGUCAAAUCUGAAAGGGAUACCGUUCUCUGAACUUCCUUCAUAUCUAAAAAGUGGUGCUGCAUGCUUUCUAAAACUAGGAGGUGAAAUAUCAGGUUGUGAGGGGGCUCCAUUACUUCCACUACUUUACAUAGUUACCAAUAUGGCUUUCAACAUAUCAGUGCUCAAUCUAUUGAAAGUAUCCUCAGCCAUUGUUGCGUCUCUCACUGUAACAUUGUCAGUGCCUAUUUCAAUUUACAUUCUCUCCCUUCCAUUGCCGUAUCUCCCUGAUGGUUCAAGCUUAAGUCCCUUUUUCCUGUUUGGUAGUUUAAUUCUCAUGACGGGUCUUAUUCUCUAUAACAUUGCACAACCUUCAAAGGAAGACUCAAAAAGUGAUUGACAUUACAAAUUUACAGUUGAUCAUCAGAAGUUCAAUGUAAAACCGUUUAAUGACAGUUUAAUAUGCUUAAAGCAGCAUUUUUUCCCUCGAGUGGGGC